AUGGGAUCAACUCGAGCUAGCAAAACCAUCCUUCUGGAUGUUCUCGCGAAUCGCAAAUCUAUAGGUCCUGUUCACGGCGAGGUCCAGAUCGACGGUCGACCGCACCGACAUCCAUCUCCCCACUACAACGGUGCGCGAGGCAUUAGAGUUCAGUGCUCUCCUUCGUCAACCGAGAGACCUACCAAGAUCUGA